UUUAUUAUUUAUAUUUUAUACGUUUUUAUACGGUUCAAUCUGUCUAUAAACUACGAUCAGUUUAAAUUUGCCGCCAUUAGGAAUUUGUUAUUAAUACAGGCGCGAACCUGACUUUGAAAUAUCACGUGAGUAACCGGUAAAGGUUCCUAUCCCUGAUCAGACUCUAACAAUGAGCGUCGUUAAAAUUAACCUAAAAUGUUUGUACUAUCUUAGAUAAUUAUUUUUCUCUUUUUUUAUAAUUUAUAAAAAUAUUGUGAAAGAAAACGUAAAAAAAUGACUACAAAAAGGAAACCUGAAACACAAGUACCAGCAGAAGAAAGUGAUUUACUUUCGAUUCGACCACUUGGUGCUGGUCAAGAGGUUGGAAGAUCAUGUAUCAUGUUGGAAUUUAAAGGAAAAAAAAUCAUGUUGGACUGUGGUAUACAUCCUGGAUUAUCUGGUAUGGAUGCUCUACCAUUUGUAGAUUUAGUAGAAGCUGAUGAAAUAGAUUUGUUACUGAUCUCACAUUUUCAUUUGGAUCAUUGCGGUGCCUUACCGUGGUUUCUUCAGAAGACAAGUUUCAAAGGACGUUGUUUCAUGACUCAUGCAACUAAAGCAAUUUAUCGUUGGCUUUUAUCUGAUUAUAUUAAAGUAAGUAAUAUUGCUACAGAGCAGAUGCUAUAUACAGAAUCAGAUUUAGAAACUAGUAUGGAUAAAAUAGAAACAAUAAAUUUCCAUGAGGAAAAAGAUGUUUUUGGCAUAAAGUUUUGGGCUUACAAUGCUGGACAUGUAUUAGGUGCCGCUAUGUUUAUGAUAGAAAUAGCUGGUGUUAAAAUUUUAUAUACUGGAGAUUUUAGUCGUCAAGAGGAUAGGCAUUUAAUGGCUGCUGAAAUACCAAAUAUUCAUCCAGAUGUAUUAAUAACAGAAUCUACAUAUGGAACACAUAUUCAUGAGAAAAGAGAAGACAGAGAAGGGAGAUUUACAAAUUUAGUUCAUGAAAUUGUUAAUCGAGGUGGUAGAUGCUUGAUACCAGUUUUUGCCUUAGGAAGAGCACAGGAACUUCUUCUUAUUUUGGAUGAAUACUGGAGUCAGCAUCCUGAAUUACAUGAAAUUCCAAUUUAUUAUGCAUCUUCCUUGGCAAAGAAAUGUAUGGCUGUUUAUCAAACAUACGUGAAUGCAAUGAAUGAUAAAAUCAGACGGCAGAUAGCAAUCAACAAUCCAUUUGUAUUUAAACAUAUUUCAAAUUUGAAAGGUAUUGAUCAUUUUGAAGAUAUUGGACCUUGCGUGGUUAUGGCAUCUCCAGGUAUGAUGCAAAGUGGUUUAUCAAGAGAAUUAUUCGAAUCUUGGUGUACUGAUGCAAAGAAUGGUGUUAUAAUAGCUGGUUAUUGCGUAGAGGGUACACUAGCAAAAACUAUUUUAUCGGAACCAGAAGAAAUCACAACUAUGUCUGGACAGAAACUGCCUUUAAAAAUGUCAGUCGAUUACAUAUCAUUUUCGGCUCACACUGAUUAUCAACAAACCUCAGAAUUUAUACGUAUUUUGAAACCACCGCAUGUAGUACUUGUACACGGUGAACAGAAUGAAAUGGGAAGAUUAAAAGCUGCUUUACAACGAGAAUAUGAGGAUGAUCCAAAUACUACGAUGGAAAUUCAUAAUCCUAGAAAUACAGUUGCUGUAGAGUUAUACUUCAGAGGAGAAAAAACAGCUAAAGUUAUGGGCACAUUAGCCAUGGAAACACCAAAUCCAGGACAAAAAUUAUCUGGCGUUCUGGUUAAACGUAAUUUUAAUUAUCAUAUGUUAGCUCCUUGCGAUUUAUCAAAAUAUACAGAUAUGAGUAUGAGUCAAGUUAUACAACGGCAAAGUGUAUACUUCUCAGCUUCAUUACCGGUAUUAAAACAUCUUCUGACACAAAUAGCUGGUAACUUAGAAGUUAUAGAUGAUAAAAAAUUAAGGGUCUUUAAAAAUAUUGAUGUGACUAUCGAUGGAAAGAUUGUUAUGAUGGAAUGGAUUGCCACACCAGUAAAUGAUAUGUAUGCAGAUUCUGUUUUAACUGCAAUAUUGCAAGCUGAGAUGAUGGAACAACCUCCUAAAAUGUUACCUGCACCAACAAAAAUGGAUAGAAUGCAUUUUAAAGAAUGCCUUAUAGAAAUGUUACAAGAAAUGUUUGGAGAGGAUUCAGUUCCAAAAAUUUUUAAAGGGGAAAAGUUGUAUGUAACUGUUGAUGGUAAAAAGGCACAUAUAGACUUAUUAAACUUAGAAGUUACCAGUAAAGAUGACGAAAUUUUCCAACAAAUAGUACAAACAGCUGUAACGAAAUUACAUCAAUCAUUAGCACCACCUUGUGAUACAAUAUGAAUGAUUAUAUUUCAAAUAUUUUUAUAUCCUAAUGCACAGUAUAUUAUGAAAUAUGAUUUAUUUCGAUUAAUAUUUUAAUAUAUCAAAAAUAUAUAAAAUAUAAAAAUUACAUUUCCAUUGAUUUUCUAAUAUGACAAGAUGGUAUAUAUUAUAAUUGUUUAUAAUUGGUACACUCUUCAUUUUGUAAAUAUAAUUUAAAAUUCACGAUAUCAUAUAAUAUUGAUAUUUUAAAUAAGUUAAAAAUUAAAUAAUAAAGAACUAAUAAUAAAUUAAAGAUUAACAUGAUUGUAUAAUAAGACACGUUUGCAUAAAAAAUCUUAUUUUUCUUAUUAAUUAUAGUAGCUAUAAUUAUCACAUUGGAUAAUUAUUAAUAAUUUAAAUAUGAUAUUCCUUCAGAUCACCCCAUGCGGGCCCAACUUUUAUUUUUACCGGUAAUGGCACUGCAAGUUGACAUACUUGUUCCAUUGAUUCUUUAACUAUUAGAGCCACUUGUUGCAGAUCCAUUAUAUUUACCUUAAAUUACGCAAUUUUAAUCAAAAUAAUAUGUAAAAAAAUUUUUUAAUUAAUAAUAUUAUUUGUUUAAUUUUAUUUUCUUACUUCGUAUAACAACUCAUCAUGAAGUUGUAAUACUAAAUAAGCACCUCUCAGCCUGUCAUCCUUUCGUUGUUUUCUUAAUUUCUGUUUAAAUUCUGUUUUUGGUAUGAUAAUUGUUGAAUUUGGAAAUUCGUUUCGUAUUCUAUCUUCUAUAUUAACCAUAGCUUGUUUUGCUAUGUCUGCUGCAGAACCUUGUACUUUUGUAUUCACUGCUUGUCUUUCUGCUUGUGCUAAAAUAUAUUUGAUAUUUCAAAUA